AUGGUGAUUUUGCAUAUUUUAUGCAAGUUCACCCUGCAGCUACAGAGUCAGACACCCCCAGCUCUCGACAUCGCCCGCAAGCUAGUACGACCCGGCCGACUCCUUAGGAUCAUUCAUCAAGAUGUCGAAGUCUUCAGCACCAAUCGUCAUCGACGGCAAGGGACAUGUCCUUGGUCGAUUGGCUUCCAUCGUAGCCAAGCAGGCAAUCUCUGGCCAGAAGGUUGUCGUCGUUCGUUGGAUUGGGCGCCCGAGUUGACCGGAAACUUCGGCCGAUAUACGAGCAGUAACUGGGGCCAGCUUGGACCGAUCAUCUACAUCCGCACCUCUCCAAGACUAUCGAGCUCUCCCGGGAAUACCUCCAACGCUCAGGCUUGCCCGUCCAGGCUUCCAAACUCACUACCCUCUACCUCGCCCCGAUCUGCGACCAUGUCGCCCAAAGGUACCGCCAAAAACUGCUCCCUCGACUGCGCUUCCUCGCCGCUCAAUCCCGUCAAACAUACUCCACCCUCGUCGACUCGGCUCUGGUCCGCAGCCUCCAGACCGACUAUCUCCCACUCCUCAAACGCUUCCUCCAGCACAACAUCCUCCGUCCUCCCCAGUCUCGCUAACUUCUACGCCAUCCAUCUCCAUCCCCACCUCAUCCCAUUCGCUAAAUCAAUGUAUCAGACCUUGUUCAUCGACGAUAAUCCACUCAAAAACCAGCUCAAAACCCGGCUCCUUAGACCCGUCAAGGCCUUACAUUUGAUCUACGUCAAGCCUCAGAUCAAAGCGAUUCCUCCACCCGUUGACGAUCAUCACCAUCCUGCUUCUGCGUAUGGUCGCUUACAAAGAUCAGCUGAUUAG